CUUUUGAUAAUGGAGAGCGUAAAAAUACCUUUCAAUGGUAUUGUAAACGAUUUUAGGGGAAGAAGAGUGCACUAUAAAGAUGAUUGGAUUUCUGGUCUCACUUCAGGAAUAGGGAUAUUGGCACCAACUACGUAUAUUUUCUUUGCUUCUGCUUUACCUGUUAUUGCUUUCGGCGCGCAACUUAGUAGGGACACAGAUGGAAGUUUGAGCACUGUAGAAACAUUGGCUUCUACAGCCAUUUGUGGAAUCAUACACUCCAUUUUUGGUGGACAGCCUCUGCUAGUACUUGGAGUGGCAGAACCUACUAUCCUUAUGUACACCUAUUUGUACAAUUAUGCCAAAAAUAAGGAAGGAUUAGGGAGAGAACUCUUUUUGGCUUGGGUAGGAUGGGUUUGUGUAUGGACUGCUCUAUUGCUAUUUCUUCUAGCAAUAUUCAAUGCUGCCGUUAUCAUCAAUAGAUUUACGAGGAUUGCUGGUGAGCUUUUUGGCAUGUUGAUCACAGUCUUAUUCAUUCAACAGGCAAUCAAGGGAAUGGUAACUGAGUUUCAAGUUCCUAAAGAGGAGGAUCCAACAUUGGAAAAGUUCCAAUUUCAUUGGCUCUAUGCAAAUGGAUUACUUGGUGUUAUAUUCACCUUUGGCCUUCUCUAUACUUCUCUAAAAAGCAGAAGAGCAAGAUCAUGGUUAUAUGGAACAGAAUGGUUAAGAAGUUUCAUAGCAGAUUAUGGAGUACCAUUCAUGGUAGUUGUGUGGACAAUUUUAUCAUUCGCAGUAGUAACAAGUAAAGUUCCUUCGGGAGUUCCGAGAAGACUCAUUGCACCUGUAGCUUGGGAAUCUACAUCAUUACAUCACUGGACAGUGAUCAAAGAUAUGGGGAAGGUUUCUCCAACACACAUUUUUGAGGCUUUUAUUCCUGCUAUAAUGAUAGCAGGACUUUACUUCUUUGACCAUAGUGUUGCAUCCCAAUUGGCACAACAAAAGGAAUUCAAUCUCAAAAAACCUUCUGCAUAUCACUAUGACAUAUUGUUGCUAGGAUUCAUGACUUUGCUUUGUGGACUAAUUGGCCUGCCUCCUUCAAAUGGAGUUCUGCCUCAAUCCCCUAUGCACACCAAGAGUCUAGCUGUUCUCAAGAAACAGUUAAUCCGAAGAAAGAUGGUUAAAAGUGCAAAGGAAAGCAUAAGGCUGAAAGCUAGCAAUUCUGAAAUAUAUGGAAAGAUGCAAGAAGUGUUUAUAGAAAUGGAUAAUAAUCCUAAUAAUAAUUCAGUGGUAAAAGAACUAGAGGAUUUGAAAGAUGUUGUCCUAAAUGGUGAAGAUAAAGGAGACAACAAUAAGAACACAUUUGAUCCUGAGAAACACAUUGAUACAUAUUUGCCUGUAAGAGUAAAAGAGCAAAGAGUGAGCAACCUUUUACAAUCACUCUUUGUAGGAGGAGCAGUGUUUGCUAUGCCUGCCAUAAAAAUGAUACCAACUUCAGUCUUGUGGGGAUACUUUGCUUACAUGGCUAUUGAUAGUCUUCCAGGAAAUCAAUUCUGGGAAAGGAUAUUGCUUCUUUUUGUAAGACCUAGUAGGUGGUACAAGUUAUUGGAAGGUGAUCAUGCUUCCUUUGUUGAGUCAGUACCUUUCAGAUACAUAGUCUUGUUUACACUCUUCCAAUGUGUGUAUUUCUUGAUUUGUUUUGGAGUGACAUGGAUUCCCAUUGCUGGAAUGUUGUUCCCUUUGCCUUUCUUUUUGUUGAUCACAUUGAGACAACAUAUACUCCCCAAGAUAUUCAGUCCAAACCAUCUUAGGGAAUUAGAUGCAGCUGAAUAUGAAGAAAGACCUGGUGCUCCAAGACUUAGUUUCAAUCUAUCCUACAAGGAUGAAUCAUCUAAAGCUGGAUCAGAGGAAAUAGAUGAUGCUGAAAUGUUAGAUGAGUUAACCACUAAUAGAGGAGAGUUGAAGGUUAGAAGUAGUAACUCUACAGAGGAAAGAAAUUAUCAGGUUUAUCCUGAUGAAAUUGAUUCACACUCGGAAAGAGAUACUCUGAGGUGACUGAAGUUUCCAAAGAUGUGACCGAUCCAAUCCCUUGUAGCUUAUAGAGUUUCCUCUUAAAG